AUGACAUAUGCUAUAGCUGCAAUUUUUAGGGCUAAAUUUAAUAUUCUGGCAAUCAUAUUCAAUACUCGUAAUCUCCUGAAUAAAUACUAUGUUGCCAAUAAUGGUAGAGUAGUAAGUGUGCUAGCAACUAUCUUGUGGUUAUUUAUGACUCUUGUACAAGAUGACUACCUCGAUAUUGCCUUUGUGCUAUAAUUUUGCAAACUAACGAUUAUGAUGGUUUAUUGGUUCAUGCUAACAAUGAAUGUUGAAUAUUUAAGCUCCUAGCUUGUAUAUGUGUGAAGCAGGCAAAAUAAUGCAUCCAUUCUCCUAGGCUAUUGUGAAUAACACAAGAGUGAUUGUUCUACUUGUACCGUUCUAUUAUGUUCUACUUUUCUUUUAGAACUUAAACCAUGGUAAAUAUUAAUAGUAUAAUUUUAAAAACUCCAUCAUUCUGCCUCUAGGCACUUUCGAUGAAACGUGUAUAAAUUUAC